GAGCAACACCUCCCUCCCCCUCUCCUCUCCUCUCCUCUCCUCUCCUCUCCUCAGUCCUCUGCUCUGUUUGCUUUGGGGACUGCAAUCAAAUUCCAGUCUUUCUUCCAUUUUCUUUUCUUAGCUCCUCUCUGUCUCCCUUCCUCCCUCCCCCCCUCUCUCUAUAUUACUUCACAUGCCCUCAUUCACUCCUCGUUCCUUCUUCUCAGUUCACAACUCCCCUGUGUUUCCUUGAUCCCAAAAAACAGAGCAUCCAUCCUAAGGCUACUCUGAAGCAGCAGAAAUGAUCACGGGCACCGACUUCUACCACGUCAUGACCGCCAUGGUCCCGCUCUACGUGGCCAUGGUCCUCGCCUACGGCUCCGUCAAGUGGUGGAAGAUCUUCACCCCCGACCAGUGCUCCGGCAUCAACCGCUUCGUCGCCCUGUUCGCCGUCCCCCUCCUGUCCUUCCACUUCAUCUCCACCAACAACCCCUACAAAAUGAACCUCCGCUUCAUCGCCGCCGACACGCUACAGAAGAUCAUCGUGCUCGUCGUCCUCUUCGUGUGGAGCAAGAUCAGCAAGAGGGGUUGCCUGGAGUGGGUGAUCACUCUGUUCUCGGUGUCCACGCUGCCCAACACCCUCGUCAUGGGAAUCCCUCUGCUCAAGGGUAUGUACGGCGAGUUCUCCGGCAGCCUCAUGGUCCAGAUCGUCGUCCUCCAGUGCAUCAUUUGGUAUACCUUGAUGUUGUUUUUGUUCGAGUACCGCGGGGCAAGGAUGCUCAUCUCGGAACAGUUCCCCGACACGGCGGGCUCGAUUGUGUCGAUCCACGUGGACUCCGAUAUCAUGUCGCUCGAUGGGAGACAGCCCCUUGAGACGGAGGCCGAGCUCAAGGAGGACGGGAAGCUCCACGUGACGGUGAGACGGUCGAACGCCUCGAGGUCUGACAUCUUCUCGAGGAAGUCCAUGGGCUUCUCGUCGACCACCCCGAGGCCGUCGAACCUCACCAACGCGGAAAUCUAUUCCCUUCAGUCCUCAAGGAACCCAACCCCGCGGGGCUCCAGCUUCAACCACACCGAUUUCUACUCCAUGAUGGGUGGCAUCCCCGGUGCGAGGAACUCUAACUUCGGAGCCAACGAUGCAUACGGCCUCUCGGCCUCCCUAGGGCCAACACCAAGGCCAUCGAACUACGAGGAGGAUGCUGGUGGAGUUGGGGGCAAGCCGAGGUUCCAUGGCGGUUACCAUGGCUCCGGGAACAACAACUACCCCGCCCCGAACCCGGGGAUGUUCUCGCCGAAGAAUGCGGGGGGUAAGAAGCCAAAUGGGACGGCCCAGAGGAAAGGGGAGGAAGGAGGGAGGGAUCUCCACAUGUUUGUUUGGAGCUCAAGCGCUUCCCCGGUCUCCGACGUAUUUGGGAAUGGGAACCAUGAGUUCGGUGGUACCAACAACGACCCAAAGGACGUGCGAUUGGCCGUUUCGCCCGGAAAAGUGGAGAAUCAAGAAGGGGAGUACCUAGAGAGGGACGACUUCAGUUUUGGGAAUAGGAGGGCAAUGGAGAAUGGGCAUGAAACAGGGGCUGAGAAGGGUGAUGGGAAGCCAAAGGUAAUGCCACCCACAAGUGUCAUGACUAGGCUCAUCCUCAUCAUGGUAUGGAGGAAGCUCAUCCGGAACCCUAACACGUACUCGAGCCUCAUCGGCCUCACCUGGUCCCUCGUCUGUUUCAGGUGGAAUGUGGAAAUGCCGAAAAUAAUAGAGAAGUCCAUCUCCAUACUGUCGGAUGCAGGGCUUGGCAUGGCAAUGUUCAGUCUUGGGCUAUUCAUGGCGUUGCAACCUAGGAUAAUAGCAUGCGGGAACUCAGUGGCAGCUUUCACAAUGGGCGUGAGAUUCCUCACUGGCCCGGCCGUCAUGGCCGCCGCCUCCAUCGCCAUCGGCCUCAAGGGCGACCUCUUACAUGUUGCCAUCGUUCAGGCAGCUCUUCCACAGGGGAUUGUUCCCUUUGUCUUUGCAAAGGAGUACAAUGUACACCCUGACAUUCUCAGCACAGGGGUGAUAUUCGGUAUGCUAAUAGCUCUCCCGAUAACACUCGUUUACUACGUCUUGCUGGGCAUAUAGUGGAAGAGAGGAGCAAUUAAAAAGAUUUGAGAAAAUCUCGGGGCAAAAGUGAUCAAUCAACCUAGCUAUGGUUUAUGGAGAGACAUGAUCAGCAGAUCAACAACCAAAGGAUUGAGGACAGAGAGCUCAACAAAGUCGGAGGAAUUAAUCUUUGAAAUUUGUAUAAUCAAAUGUGGUGUAGUCAAUUUGCUAGAGAAGUGUUUAUGUUAGUUCUUUUUUUCUUUUUAAAUCCCUUUUCUAAUUUUUUUGGCUUCCAUUAUUUCCUUUUUCUCCAAUUUUAUUGUAAGAAAAUUAGUGGAGAAUAUGUUGUUGCUAAUCAGAAGCCCACAUGACCAAAAGGGCAGGCAAGCGAACAAGGGAAAAAAAGGAAAUAGAAAGUUGGGUUAAUGAUGUUUGACGA